UUUAGUUGCAAAACUUGUAAGUGAAAAGAAACAUGAACGCAAGGGUGUUACUGUUCCAAAUUUUAUCAAUAUUUUUGAUUUAUGUCGAACAUUUGAAGGCGCAAUGUAACGUAUGUUCGGCUGUUAAUCAAAUGGCUUGUGUUUCGCAAACAGAAUAUCAAUUCUGUGUGAAUAAUACACCCAGUGGUGCUGUCAAUACAUGUUCCACGGAUUAUGUCUGUUCUACAGCAACAGCCACUAUUUGUCUGCCGAAUUCAGCGGGCGUAACGGCCACUUGUAGUGAUUGUAAUAAAUGUGAUUUAAGUUUGGUAUUCGCCUGUACAGGUGUCAGCACUUAUGCGCUGUGUUUGGGUCAAACUACACCUUCAACGGUGACGGGAACUUGUGGCGCAGGUCAAGUGUGCAAUAUAAAUACGGCUCAAAUAUGUACCACACCUUCGGCAGGAUUAACAGCUACUUGUCCUACUGGAGGGUCCACAAUUACAACUUCUACUACAACUACUACGGCAUCGACACCUACUUUUACAACUCCUCCUACCGUGCCCACUUAUGCACAAUACUUUUGCCAAGUUAUGCGCAUUAACAAACGUUUUCAAGUUCCUUCUGAAUUUGAUACAUCAUGUAGAAGAUAUAUUUACUGCUUUAAAACUACCACUGGCACUUGGUCUGGACAAAUUUACACUUGUGCUGGUUCCACCUACUUUGAUCCCGUUUCACUUUACUGUGUCGCCUCGAGACCUUCAAGUUGUUAAGCUUAUUUAAAAAUUUCAUAAGUUCAAAAAAAAAUCUUAAUUAUAAACAAUAAGUGGGUUUGUUGAAGACACACUUUUUCUGCUGUAUGUGAAAGUAUGUGCCCGAGGAGCAGUUAUAUUCGUUACCCGUCAGAAUGCCAUUGGAAUGAUAACAAUAAAUGUAUCUGAAAGGGAAGUUUUUUU